AUGGCGCGCACAAAAGGCAAGGCGGGCCGCGCUGAGGGGGGCGGGGUGGUGGCGCCACAGACGGCGCUGUCGACGCGGACCGCCGUGGCGCUCCUCGGGCUGUUCGUCGCGUUGACUCUCUAUGCCGCGCACUGGACGGCCACGAGCCUCGCGCCGCCGCUGGGCAGCGACGCGCCGGGCACGAGCUUCGCCGAGGGCCGCGCGAUGCAGCACGUGAUCGCGCUGGCGGGUGCGGGUCCGGGGUCGAUCGGGGAGCGGCAGGUGGGCACGGAGGCGAUCCACAGGGCGGCGGACUACGUGGAGCGGGAGAUGCAGGCUCUGUGCGACGCGGCGGAGGGGUCGGCGAUCGCGUGCGAGGUCUCCCGGUCGCGCACGAGCGGGAGCUUCAACCUCGAGUUCCUGGGAGCCAGUUUCGUCAACAAAUACGAAAACCUAACGAACGUGGCCGUGCGACUGUACAACCGAGACGCUCCGGAGGAGCGACCCAAGGGCGUCCUCCUCCUGUCGCACUUCGACAGCACGCUCGCAAGUCCCGGCGCGUCAGACGCGGGCGCGGCCGUGUCGUCGAUCCUGGAGUUCGGGCGCGCGGUCGUGGCGCGCGGGGAGCCCCUCGACGCGGACCUCGUCCUGCUGGCCAACGGGGGGGAGGAGACGCUCAUGCAGGCGGCGCACGGCUUCUCCUUCCACCCGUGGAUGGACCGCGUCGGGAGUUUCAUCAACGUCGAGUCCACGGGCUCCGCGGGCCCGGACGUGGUCUUCCAGGGCAGCUCCUGGACGCUCGAGGCGUACCGGCGCGGAGCCAGGCGCCCGCUGGGGUCGUCCCUGGUGCAGCUGCUCUUCGAGGUGGAGGCGCUGCCGGCCGACACCGACUACAAGGUGCUGUCGACGCGGCGGCUCGGGCGGCUCCACGGCAUCGACAUGGCGCUGGGUCAGAAGGCACAGACGUACCACACGCACCUGGACAACCCGGGCGAGCUGGUCCCGGGGAGCCUGCAGUGUCUGGGCGAGAACAUCGACGGCGUGGCGUACGAGUUCAUGCGGGAGAUGAAGCGGCAGUUCGACGAGGACGACGCCGACGCCAACGACCAGCCCGACGGGAUCUACUUUUCCUUCCUGCGGACGUUCUUCGUCACGUACUCGUUCGACACGGCGCAGAUCCUCCACCUCGUCCCGCUCGCCUCCAUCUGCGUCCUCCUCGCGACCUCCAACGCGGCCGUCUCCGCCGCCACCGUCGCCGACGCCGGCGCCGCCCUCGCCGCGCCCGUGGCCUUCAGCAUCCUCUUCGCCGUCCUGCGCGUCGCCGCCACGGGCGCCCCCAUGGUCUGGUUCUCCCGCCCCUUCGCCGCCUUCGCCCUCUACCUGCCCCCCGCCGCCGCGGCCGCCAUCACCUUUAUCCGCGGCCUCGCCACCCACAACCUGAACACCUCCGGGCCGCGGACGGCCAAGCGGCGCUCGCGGGAGCUCUCCACGGCCUACAUCUCGCUCGCGAUCCCGCUCGCCACCGUCGGCGCGCUGCUGACCUUCUCACCGUACCGCCUGGGGUCAUACCUGCCCACGUGGCUCGCGGCGUCGUUCGUGGUGGCCGCGGUGUGCCCCGUGCGGCUGGACGCGGUCGCGGGGGGCGUGCCCGGGGUGCUCUGGCGGCUCGUGGCGGUGGCGGUGCCCGCGGCGGAGUUCGCGUCGCUGUCGGGCGGGUACGCACUGCACCUCCUGGGCAAGAUCGGGCUGUCCGGGAACCCCCCGUUCGAGGGCUGGAAGUACGUCGCGGACGCCGCGGUGGCGUUCGUGAUCAGCACGCUCGUCAUAGACAUGAUCGGGUUCCUCCCGCUCGUCGUGCGCCUCCUCCCGGGCAAGACCAUCACGCGCGCGCUCUACGUCGUUGCCGUGGUCGCCGCCGUUGCCACGGCGCGCUGGGAGCCCUACUCCGCGCACCACCCCAAGCGGCUCAUGGCGCUGCACGUCCACCGCCCCGACAACACCUCCGUCUACGUCAUGUCCGCGUUCGACUCCGUCCCGACGACCCACGCCCUGCAGCUGCACUCGAACCACCACAUGCGGGAGCUGCUGGGGCUGGCCGAGGGCGGCGCGGCGGCGCUCGCGGUGCCGACGGCGCAGGACUGGCUGCCGAUGUACCCGAUGAGCCGCGGGCUCUCGGGCGUGCUGGUGCCGGGCGCGCCGGGACUCCCCCCGGGGAGUCAGCGGCGGGCGGAGGUGGUGUUGGACUACGAGUGCUCGGCCGCGCGGCCGUGCGAGGGGGACGAGGUGGCGGAGGGGCACGUGAAGAUGUACUUGACGCUGUACACGGGGGAGCCGGCGUGGGGCGUGGUGAACAUCACGGGCGCGCCGAUCCGUUCCUGGAACCUCGGCGCGGCCGUCCGUCCGACGGGACUCCCCAGCGACCCCCCCCACAUGUACGCCAUCCGAUUCGCCGGCAACGGGGGGGUCGAGAAGCAGGAGCUCGAGCUGGAGGUCCCCGAGGGCGCGGAGCUCCACGUCGCGGUCGCGGCGAAGUUCUACGGCCCCACGGACGCGCUGCGGGCGCUGCAGGCGCACCUGUCUGACAGCGUGGCGCUGUGUCCCCUGACGGUGGUGCACUCGCGGGUGAGGUUCGUGGCGGGGGAGGGGCGCGGGGCCGCGGACGUGUUCGCGGAGGCGAAGGCCGCGGAGGUGCGGGGCACGCCGGGUGCCGGCCGGGAGGAGCUGUAG